GAAUGAGGCUUAACUCCUGGGCGGGCUUUGCAUUUGGGCAAACUUGUGACCCGCACGACACAGCCCGGGGCAGGAAGAGAUCAAAUCUACCAGCUACCCUGACGUGCCUGCCUUCCUCCCCUGUCCAGCUGAAAUCAUUCCAACACUGCUUUUUCACUACUGGCAAGAAAACGGGGUCCACACGAUAGCAAGUAACUACUGAUUAAAUCUUCCCAUUUUAACACAGGCAUACGGAGGGGCUCUUUUGCAGCAGGGAAGCUCUGCAGACAUUAAGGAGAGGAAGAAGACAGGCUGGGCUUUUGUUUUAUUUUCUCUUUCUCUUUGAGCUGAGCUGGCAAGUCUCAGGUUUGAAUGGGAGUCAUCUGGGUUUCUUUGGACAGUCAAUCAGGAACAACAAUGGACCGACACGAAUGCGGUCACUCUGGACCAUAUAUGAAGAACCAACGUGCCAGAGGAUCAGAGCUGAGAAUCAUUCUGGUGGGCAAAACAGGAACGGGCAAAAGUGCCACCGGGAACAGCAUCCUUGGGAAGCAAGCAUUUGGGUCGCAGCUGACUGCCCAGCCGUUCACUAAGACUUGCAGUGAAAGUCAGGGAAGCUGGGGAAAGAGAGAGAUGGUCAUUAUCGACACACCGGAUAUGUUUUCUGGGGAGGACCACUCCGAUUCCCUGUGCAAAGAGGUGCAGAGAUGCUACUUACUCUCGGCACCAGGACCCCAUGUGCUGCUCCUGGUGACCCAGCUGGGCCGAUUCACCGCCCAGGACCAGCAGGCUGUGCAGAGGAUGAAGGAGAUCUUUGGAGAAGAUGCCAUGAGUCACACAAUUGUCCUCUUCACCCACAAAGAAGACCUCGAGGGAGACUCCUUGACGGAUUACAUCCAGGACACAGAUAACACAGCCCUCCGCAAGCUGGUGGCAGCAUGUGGGGGGCGAGUGUGUGCCUUUAACAACUGUGCUACAGGGAGUGAUCGGGAUGGCCAAGCGAAGGAGCUAAUGGACUUGAUGGAAGGCCUGGUGUUGGAGAGAGGGGGUGGCCACUACACCAAUGGGCUCUACAGCCUAGUAACAGCGUCAGGAUGUGGACCUGUGUGCGAAGAGGAAAGGUUAAAGGAUUUCAAAAGAGAUCUUAGGAAGUACAUGGAAAAUCAGAGACGUUACUCCACCAUGGCCAAAGCAAAUUACCUGAAACAAGCCCUAAUCAAGACACCAGCCUUUUAUUUUUUAUUUUUUAUUCAUUUCUUUCUCAAAUUGCUAAUUCUGUUAUUUUGUGUAUUGUACAGAAUGUGCGUCUCGUUUUGCUGCUUUCUUUUGAGUGUAUGCUGUUUGUUCUGUACCUUACUGUUAAUGAUAGCCAAAAUAUUGCUGAUAAGUUGGAGAAAGAUCACUGGGCUGGAAGGAAAGACUCCUAGAUUAUAGUUACAGGUCAGCAAUUAUUUAUUCAUGACCAGAUACUGGGUGAAUCCACGUGCCUCCCCUGGAAAACGCGGUGCCUGACAUCAGUAAAUGUUUGCGAUUCUGUGAAGUGUUUAAAUCUUAACAUCACUCUCUUAAUGAACCGAGUUAUUUUAACAGUUACUGUCUGCCUUGAAAUUUAAUACGAAAAGCGUUUGAAAGCUGUAAGCAUAAAAUUCCUCAUUUGCAAAUCUCUAAAGCCAGUUUUAUGUUUCUGGAAACUCCUUUUCUUCUUUAUGAUACUAUUAUUUCUACUGAAUAUAAUAAAAACAACAAUAAAACUUCUACUCGGUGUAAG